GGCAGCCUCAGCCGCGCGCCGCGUCGCUGUAAUCGGACACCGAGCGCUCGCCCCCGGCGCCCGGCCACUUGCCAUUCACUCCGAGGUGCGGAGUUGAGCGACGUGGAGAAGGGCUCCGGGUGCCGCGGCUCUUCCGCCCGGGAUUCUUCUACAAAGAAACUCAGCCCCAGCCAGCAAGAAUCCCACCCUCGGGACUCCCUAAGUCAUUGAAGGUCUUCUGGGAGAAAAGACCUAGGGGACUGGGACUCCCAGCCUGGAGCAAGUGGCUGACGUCUUGGGAAUCUCUUUCCACCUCGGUAUUUUCCCUUGGAUAUUAAUUUUCAAAUAAGAAGAAAUGGCAUUCCGGGAGAUUUGUGUGUUGGUUGGAGUAUUUAUUUGCUCUAUUUCUGUCAGAGGAUCUUCCCAGCCCCAAGCACGAGUUUAUUUAACAUUUGAUGAGCUCCGAGAAACCAAGACCUCUGAGUAUUUCAGUCUGUCCCACCACCAGUUAGACUACAGAAUAUUACUAAUGGAUGAAGAUCAAGACCGCAUAUAUGUGGGGAGCAAAGACCACAUCCUGUCCUUGAACAUCAACAACAUCAGUCAAGAACCUCUGAGUGUCUUCUGGCCAGCAUCUACAAUCAAAGUUGAAGAAUGCAAAAUGGCCGGCAAAGACCCGACACACGGCUGUGGGAAUUUCGUCCGUGUUAUUCAGGCCUUCAACCGUACUCACCUGUAUGUCUGCGGCAGCGGAGCUUUCAGCCCAGUGUGCACAUACUUGAACAGGGGAAGGAGAUCUGAGGACCAAGUUUUCAUGAUUGACUCUAAGUGUGAAUCUGGAAAAGGACGAUGCUCCUUCAACCCCAAUGUGAACACUGUGUCUGUUAUGAUCAAUGAAGAACUCUUCUCAGGAAUGUACAUAGAUUUCAUGGGAACAGAUGCUGCUAUUUUUCGAAGUUUAACCAAGAGAAAUGCAGUCCGAACUGAUCAGCACAAUUCAAAAUGGCUGAGUGAACCUAUGUUUGUGGAUGCGCAUGUGAUCCCAGACGGCACUGAUCCAAAUGAUGCUAAGGUGUAUUUCUUCUUCAAAGAAAAAUUGACGGACAACAAUAGGAGCACGAAACAGAUCCAUUCCAUGAUUGCAAGAAUAUGUCCUAACGACACUGGUGGACAACGUAGUCUUGUCAACAAGUGGACCACAUUCUUGAAGGCAAGACUUGUAUGCUCAGUCACAGAUGAAGAUGGCCCAGAGACUCAUUUUGAUGAAUUAGAGGAUGUGUUUCUGCUAGAAACUGACAAUCCGAGGACAACCCUCGUGUACGGCAUCUUCACCACGUCCAGCUCUGUUUUUAAAGGAUCUGCAGUGUGUGUGUAUCAUUUAUCUGAUAUACAGACUGUAUUCAAUGGGCCUUUUGCCCACAAAGAAGGGCCCAAUCACCAGCUGAUAUCCUAUCAAGGAAGAAUUCCAUAUCCUCGCCCUGGAACUUGUCCAGGAGGGGCAUUUACACCCAAUAUGAGGACCACCAAGGACUUCCCCGAUGAUGUUGUCACAUUUAUUAGGAACCAUCCUCUCAUGUACAAUUCCAUCUACCCCAUCCACAGAAGGCCCCUGCUCGUCCGCAUAGGCACUGACUACAAGUAUACAAAGAUAGCUGUGGACCGUGUGAACGCUGCCGAUGGACGAUACCAUGUCCUGUUUCUGGGGACAGAUCGGGGCACGGUGCAGAAGGUGGUUGUCCUUCCUAGCAACAGCUCUGCCAGUGGGGAGCUCAUUCUGGAGGAGCUGCAAGUCUUUCAGAAUCAUGUUCCCAUAACAACAAUGAAAAUCUCAUCCAAGAAGCAACAGUUGUAUGUGAGCUCCAAUGAGGGGGUUUCCCAAGUGUCUCUGCAUCGAUGCCACAUCUAUGGCACAGCCUGUGCAGACUGCUGUCUGGCUAGGGACCCAUACUGUGCCUGGGAUGGCCAUUCUUGCUCCAGGUUCUACCCCACUGGGAAGCGGAGGAGCCGAAGGCAGGACGUGAGACACGGGAACCCACUGACACAAUGCCGAGGGUUCAACCUAAAAGCAUACAGAAAUGCAGCUGAAAUUGUUCAGUAUGGAGUAAGAAAUAAUAGCACUUUCCUUGAGUGUGCCCCCAAAUCUCCACAGGCAUCUAUCAAGUGGCUGCUGCAGAAAGAUAAAGACCGGAGGAAAGAGGUUAAGCUCAAUGAGCGAAUUAUAGCCACUUCCCAAGGACUGCUGAUUCGCUCUGUUCAGGAUUCUGACCAAGGGCUCUACCACUGCAUCGCCACUGAGAACAGCUUCAAGCAGACCAUAGCCAAGAUUAACUUCAAAGUUUUAGACUCAGAAAUGGUGGCCGUUGUGACAGACAAGUGGUCCCCAUGGACAUGGGCUGGCUCUGUGAGGGCUCUACCCUUUCAUCCAAAGGACAUCCUGGGGGCAUUCAGCCACUCUGAAAUGCAGCUCAUCAACCAGUACUGUAAAGACACCCGGCAGCAGCAGCAGCUGGGAGAAGAGCCACAGAAGAUGAGGGGGGACUAUGGCAAGCUGAAGGCUCUCAUCAACAGCAGGAAAAGCAGGAACAGGAGGAAUCAGCUUCCAGAGUCAUAAACGCUCAUCUGUGGGGCUUUGCUUCCAGUAACAAAUGCUCUGUCUUCACUGGUCAACUACUGAGCAAAGUCUUGUGCUUUACCCAUGAGAAAUUCCUAACAAAAGCUGGAGACUCGCUCUCAAGUGUGUUCUCUGUGAACUUAAAUGAGCAUGCAUCUUCUUGUAUGAUACAGACUAGCACUAGACAUGUCAUGGUCUUCAUGGUGCAUAGAAAUAUUUAACUUAUCCCAGAUUUUAUUUAUAUCUUUAUGUGUCUUUUCUUCAGCAUCAAUGCAGCAGCAGAAGCAGAACUGUUACAUCCUCGGUUGAGCGAGGGCCAUAAAUUACCCUGUGCUGUUCCUUCCCUGCUCUAGGGGUUUAGCUUUUUAAUUGUCAGUGGUUUUUAUACAUGAAAACGAAUUCCAAUUCACAAUUUUCACAUAGUAAAUGUCAUAUAAAUGCCUGUGACAGAAUAGCAAUCCAAAGUCGUGUAGGUUAGACAAAUGACGGGGAAGGGAGCAUCCAGAUGUUACUUAAAAGUUAAGUGUGACUCAUAAAGAGAACAUGAUGAGUUCACAUGCUUCCAGUGAAUUAUAUUCUUGCUUGUUCCUUUGUUUAAGAUCAUAAUAUGUGCCAGUUACUGAGAUUUGCCAUUAGUCUCUGUCCUCUUGUUUCAGGAAGACCAAAUGAAUAGCCUGUGCUGUCCAGGCCUUCGAUGGGAGACGUCUCUGUAAGGCAUAAGGCAUUGGUAUUUCUACUGUUAGGUUAUCAUCUUCCAAAUAAAAGCACUUUGUUUUUUGGAAGUUAUUUAAGUUAUUAUAGACUUACAUAUACUCUUACAUUAUUUAAUUGAUUUACUGCUUGAUUUCUGUUUCCUAGUCUGCUUGGCAAAUUAAACAAAACAAGGAGGAAGCAUUGUUAAAACAUCCAACUUCUCCAUACAGAGUGAAACUAUCAAAACGUUUGGAUUGUUUGUGAAAAAAGUAUACUAAAAUUAUUUUCUCCAAUUUAAAAACUAAAUGGAUAAAUUAUGGAAAAUUUCCUCAUACUUCUUUUAAUGAUAGAACUUCAAUUUUUAAAUUUAAAUUUAUUUUAAUACAUGUUUAUAUUUCCAGAGAGAAAGAGAAAUUGUACCCAACACUAUUGAAACACACCUCUUAUUAACAGUCAUAACCAAGGUAAUGAAGGGGGAUCUGCCUCCUUUUUGAGAAUUGUAAACAAAACUCCAGAAGGAAAACCAUGUGUAGGGUGUAAGUUGGUGGUAGAUUACAUGUUUGGUAUGCACAAGGACCUGGGUUUAAAUAUAAAGAAAGGAAGAGAGAGAGGGAGGAAGGGAAGCAGGCAGGAAAGAAGGACAGACAGACAUGAUAGAAGGAAGGUCAGGAAGGAGGAAAAGAGGGAAGGGAAUAUGGAGGGAUUAUAUCCAUUACCAGAAGAUGAAAAUGUGUUUAGUUAAGUGAUGGUAAAUUUUGAUGUUCUAAGAGGACACCUCAGUGUUAUAGAAAACAAUUAAAGCAGAGCACAUAAAUGUCAUCCAAUUUUGUUUUUAAAUUAUUAUUCCAAAUGUGUACUGCUACAGUAAACGACAGUGUUCCCAUAUGCAAAUGGUUUUCAUGCUUAAAACAGUCAUAUUUUAUUUUUUCUUAUACAUGCAAAAAUUACAGUGUGUUUAUGUGCAGUGCUAACACGGUCCUCUGUGUUUGUGAUUCAUCUAUUGUAUAAACAUUUAAAGUAAAAUGACUUCCAAAGCACAGUCCCCUUGCUCCACAUAACUUCAAACUGCUAGAUGGUGAUGUUUAAUUCUAUGCUAUUAUUUGUGUUAUUUAAUACCUCCUGUUUUUACCUUAAUUACAUGCUCAUUGCUUUCCUUUUAAAGAUACAGAAAUUACUCUUCAACAUAACCCUGCCAAAUGUAAAAUAUAUGUAUUUCUAAAAAACAUAAUUAAUACAUAUUGAAUAUGGGUGACUAGUUGGGUUUUUGUGUGUGUGCUUGGGCAGUUUGAUGAUUUAACAUGUUUUUCAUUUGUAUUGUAUAUACAAUUACCUAGAUAUGCACUUUUCCCCUCCAAGUGUAGGUUUGUAAGUAGACUUAGCAUGAUGAAGCUGUCAUUACAGUGAAUGAUCGCCCUGUUUAGAGAAAGCAAACUCAAUGUAGUUACCACAUGAAAAUUUAAUUAGACGUUGAAGAAAUCAUUUGUCUGGCAAAAUAAAACAUUGAACUCCCUGGA